GCUUCUUAUGAGGCAAGAUAUUCAAUGCGAUCUAGCCAUAUUGGCGACAGUAUUUUAUUAACAAAAUUAUAAAACUGUCGCGUCAUUGUUUUCAUACGAUUGUGGACAACCACAUGUCAGUUUCUUCGUAAAAUAUUUGCACGAUGAUUCGCUUAAAUUGUAAUAUUUUGACAACUCUACAAGCAAGAAAUUGUAGGCAAUUUGUCACAAGUGCUUUUCUUCUAAAAUCGAAGAUUUUAAAUAAGACUUUAACUGAGGACAUCCAAGAGUCGCCACGAAUGAAGCAGUUCCAUGAGAAACUUAAAUUGCAACCGAUACCAAAAGUAGGACCGCGGGAAAGGUUCGUGGAUUUAGUAUUAGUGGAAACAGACCCAAGAACUGGAGAACUGAUAACAAAUAGCGAGAAAGAUCCUACUAAAUGGGGAGACUGGCAGCACGGUGGCAGAGUCAGUGAUUUUUGAAAUGAAAUAUCAUAUAUAUUUUUUUAAUAUAGUUUCUAUAAAUAUAUUUAAAGAACUCCAAAGAAUUCUUACUUCUUAACUUGCAAUGAUCAAUUUUUGCAUUUGUAACUAUAUACGCGAAAAAUAAAUUAAAUUAUUUUGG